AUUCUAGAGAGAUAAGAGUGAGAGAGAAGAGAAGAGGAGAGAAGAUCCAAAAGCGUGGGAAAAUCAAAUUAGGGUUUUACGAUAAUGGUUGAUACUGUCGACAAAUUAGGUUACUUCCAAGCGAUUACAGGUCUUGAAGAUGCCGAUUUGUGCACUGAGAUCCUUCAAGCUCAUGGUUGGGACCUAGAACUCGCAAUCUCUUCAUUCACAUCUUCUGAUCAUGACGCUUCGUCUUCCGCCGUCGAUGGUGGUAACAAUCACGAUCACGAUAACGCCGCCGUGACUCCUGAUUAUCAACCUCGUGGGAUCGUUGACGAUACAGAGCUUGUUAUGCGUGAUGAUGGAGGAGACAAUCGAGGUCCAGGAGUGGCGUGGAGGAUUAUUACUUUACCGAUUUCGAUUGUUUCUGGUAGCUUAGGGUUAGUUUCUGGAGCGAUCGGGUUAGGGAUUUGGGCUGCUGGUGGUGUUUUAUCGUAUUCCUUUGGUAUGUUAGGGUUUAGAUCAGGGAGAGGUGGUGGUUCGGCUGAUUCGUCGUCGGCGGCUCGGCUUGUUUCGGUUUCUUCGGCUGCUGGUGAAGCAAUGGAGUUUGUUGCUUUGUUUGAUAGAGAUUAUUGGAGUAAUAAUAAUGCUUUUAAGAUUGAUUUUGUAGUGGAAGGAUUUAUGGAUGCGCUUCAGCGAUCUAGGAGCUCGUUUAAGCUCUUGUUUGUUUACUUGCAUUCUCCAGAUCAUCCUGAUACACCUGUGUUUUGUGGUGGGACGCUUUGUAAUGAAGCGGUUGUAGCGUUUGUUAAUGAGAAUUUUGUUUCGUGGGGAGGUAGUAUUCGAUCUAGUGAAGGAUUUAAGAUGAGUAAUAGCUUGAAAGCAUCGAGGUUUCCGUUUUGCGCUGUUGUUAUGCCUGCUGCUAAUCAGAGAAUUGCUCUUCUUCAGCAGGUCGAGGGACCAAAAUCUCCAGAAGAAAUGCUUGCUAUACUCCAGAGAGUAGUAGAAGAUAGUUCACCUACUCUGGUAACUGCUAGGGUUGAGGCGGAAGAAAGAAGAACCAAUCUGCGUCUGAGAGAGGAACAAGAUGCUGCUUACCGGGCUGCUCUUGAAGCCGAUCAAGCAAGGGAGCGAGAGAGACGGGAAGAGGAAGAGCGUUUAGAGAGGGAAGCUGCUGAGGAAAAAGAGGCUCAGGAGAGAGCAGAACGUGAAGCUGCAGAGAAAGAAGCUGCUAGAGUGAGAAUGAGACAAGAGAAAGCACUUGCUCUUGGAGAUGAACCUGAGAAAGGCCCUGAUGUUACACAAGUUUUGGUACGGUUCCCGAAUGGAGAAAGAAAAGGGAGGAUGUUUAAGAGCGAAACCAAGAUCCAGACAUUGUACGACUACGUUGAUUCACUUGGAGUCUUAGAUACAGAAGAGUACAGCUUAAUCACAAACUUCCCAAGGACAGUGUACGGAAGAGACAAAGAGUCAAUGUCACUAAAAGACGCAGUAACAAAUCCCAAAGAUCUGCCAAACCAAUCCUCUGCCUCAUCAUCUUCAUCAUCGGAACCAAGAGAUGAAACAGAGGAUCUUCAUUUACCAAUCUCCGGCGAAGAAGAAGAAGAAGAAGAGAACUCACCAAUCCGACAAGUAGCACUCACUGUUCCAACAACAGAUGAUCCUUCAUUACCUGUCUUAACAUUUCGCAUGUGGGUCUUAGGAACUCUUUCUUGCAUCCUCUUGUCGUUUCUCAAUCAAUUCUUCUGGUAUAGAACAGAACCUCUCACUAUCUCCGCCAUCUCCGCUCAAAUCGCCGUCGUACCACUUGGUCGUCUUAUGGCUGCUAAAAUCUCUGAUAGAGUCUUCUUCCAAGGAUCAAAGUGGCAAUUCACGUUGAAUCCAGGACCGUUUAAUGUGAAGGAGCAUGUGUUGAUCACUAUUUUCGCUAACGCCGGAGCUGGAUCUGUUUACGCAAUACACGUUGUUACAGUCGUGAAAGCGUUUUACAUGAAGAACAUAACGUUCUUUGUGUCUUUCAUCGUUAUUGUUACCACUCAAGUGUUAGGUUUUGGUUGGGCCGGAAUAUUCAGGAAAUACCUCGUUGAACCGGCGGCGAUGUGGUGGCCGGCGAAUCUUGUUCAAGUCUCACUAUUUAGAGCUUUGCACGAGAAAGAAGAACGGACCAAAGGAGGGCUGACACGUACACAAUUCUUCGUGAUAGCAUUCGUUUGCAGUUUCGCUUAUUAUGUCUUUCCGGGCUACUUAUUUCAGAUCAUGACUUCGUUGUCGUGGGUUUGUUGGUUCUUUCCAUCAUCAGUUAUGGCCCAACAAAUCGGGUCCGGUCUUCACGGGUUAGGUGUUGGAGCCAUAGGACUCGACUGGUCAACCAUUUCUUCUUACUUGGGUAGUCCACUCGCUAGUCCAUGGUUUGCUACGGCUAAUGUGGGUGUGGGAUUUGUGCUGGUGAUAUAUGUCUUGGUACCAAUAUGCUAUUGGCUCGAUGUGUAUAAGGCUAAGACCUUCCCUAUAUUUUCGAGCUCUCUUUUUACGAACCAGGGUUCAAAGUACAACAUCACAUCCAUUAUAGACUCUAAUUUCCACCUUGACCUCCCAUCUUACGAGCGUGAAGGCCCUUUGUAUCUUUGCACUUUCUUCGCCAUUAGUUACGGUGUUGGUUUUGCCGCUUUAAGCGCUACCAUCAUGCAUGUUGCUCUCUUCCAUGGAAGGGAGAUAUGGGAGCAAAGUAAGGAGAGUUUUAAAGAAAAGAAAUUGGAUGUACACGCGAGGCUAAUGCAAAGGUACAAACAAGUUCCAGAGUGGUGGUUUUGGUGCAUACUCGUUACCAAUGUUGGAGCCACAAUCUUUGCUUGUGAGUAUUACAAUGACCAACUUCAAUUACCAUGGUGGGGUGUUCUAUUGGCAUGUACCGUCGCCAUUAUCUUUACACUUCCUAUUGGUAUCAUCACCGCCAUCACCAACCAGGCGCCAGGAUUGAACAUAAUUACAGAAUAUAUCAUAGGAUAUAUCUAUCCAGGAUAUCCAGUUGCAAAUAUGUGCUUUAAAGUAUAUGGAUACAUAAGUAUGCAACAAGCCAUCACUUUUCUUCAAGACUUCAAACUUGGUCACUACAUGAAGAUUCCACCUAGAACCAUGUUCAUGGCACAGAUUGUUGGAACACUCAUCUCAUGUUUGGUUUACCUCACAACGGCUUGGUGGCUAAUGGAGACAAUCCCCAACAUAUGUGAUUCGGUUUCUAACUCGGUUUGGACUUGUCCAUCCGAUAAAGUCUUCUACGAUGCAUCCGUUAUAUGGGGACUUAUUGGACCUCGUAGAAUCUUUGGAGAUCUUGGUUUAUACAAAUCCGUUAAUUGGUUCUUCCUUGUCGGCGCUAUAGCCCCGGUUCUUGUAUGGUUGCCCGCUUUAUACUUAAAACGUAUUUGCGACUCGAUUCGAUUGGGAAAUGGCGAAGGCAUUUCCAAUGCUAGAGUUUGGUGGCUGGAUUUGGUGCAUCUGUUCGUAAAGAUCAUUUUUUACCUCUCAUAUACAGUAUGAGAUUGUUGUUUAUAGUGUAAAGAUGGUUCAUUAGUAGGGUGACGCUAUUCAACUAUUCGAUUUGAUUAUUUCAGUUUCUUUUAAGUUGGUCUUGAGUUUUCGAAAUUUCAUUAUCAAUUGAAACUUUGUUUUCCUAGUUCGGUUCAAUUUUGGUUAAAAGAUAAAAUGCUAUGUUUUCC